UACACUGGGAACAUUACAUCAUAGUUACGUUAAGUUCGGUUCCCUUACUGUUCAUAAAAGAUAUACAUACGAUGUUAUACGGUUCUGCAAGACACAGUAAGGAUCUGAGUUGUAGCAAAACCAAAUUUAAUACGAAGAAAUAUUAUCACUGGUGUCACUGACUUACGUAUCAAGGUAAAAUCGAUUGGCAAACGACAUUUGCAAAAAACAUUGAUUAUACUUAAACAGACUUCCACUCACCAAUAACUGACAUCGUGAAUUUUUCAAGAUGAAAAACCAACACUACCUCGUUUGGAUUUGUCGACGGUUCAAGAAUAUAUUCAUGUGCUUGUUGCUCCUCUUUUCCAUAUUCAGCGUGUUAACCUUCUUUCAUGAUUCGACUUUGUCACGUUCGUACAACAAAAUGAUGCGAGUAUCAUUCAACAAGGCGAAUCGUUCUACCAAUGUGAUUAAAACUAGAAAUAACACAGUAUUAAAAAUCACAAAUAAACCAUUGGUACAUACAAACGUUGUAAACAAGACUUCACACCGUCGAGGAAGAAAAGUUCCGCCAAUGAGUCGGUUUCGAUACCCUCUAUAUAUAGAAUUGGCUGAUAUUGUAAACAGAAAGAUACUUAAUAAUACACCGAUUGACAUUCAGCCUAUCAAUCCCCAUAAUUUUCAAUAUUUACACAAACCUGAAAAAUGCAAAUUUCCUGGAUCUGGAGACACACUUAAUAUGUUAGUACUUGUGAAAUCGGCAGCUAAAAACAAAGAACUACGUUUGGCUAUACGUGACACGUGGGCAAAGGACGCGCUACCAAACAUCCGCGUGGUAUUCUUGCUGGCCGGCACGGACCAACCACAUCAGACACAGAUUGAUGAGGAAAGUAAGAAAUACUCCGAUGUGAUACAGGAGGAUUUCAUUGAUGUUUAUAAAAAUAAUACUUACAAAACAAUCAUGGGAUUUAAUUGGGGAGUGACGUAUUGUCCAAGCGCGUCAUUCUUCUUUUUUGUCGAUGAUGAUCAUUAUGCUAUUUUGUCUACCAUAUACAAUUAUCUUCUGAGCUUCCGUGAUGCGAACUCAGUCAGUUUGCUUUCUGGCUAUCUCCUCCCACAUUCUCAACCUUUCCGGGAUAUCAAGUCGAAAUGGUUCGUGUCGUGGGAAGACUAUGGAUUUGACUGGUGGCCGCCUUAUUUAGCCGGAGGAGCUUACUUGGUAUCGUUCUCAGUAGCACGGAAGUUUCAAAUAGCAUUUCCGUAUGUGAAGUACCUAGGAAUAGACGAUAGUUAUUUAGGAAUUGUUGCCAAGAAACUCAAUAUUCGUCCAACUCAUAAUAAUCACUUUGGUAAUAGAAUAUCGUUUGCUAACUUUAAGCGGAGCAACCGAUCGAGUAUGUUUGCUUCACAUGGUUUUAAAGACCCAAAUAAAAUGAGGGCAGUUUGGAAAACGCUUCAUGCCAAUGACACUAAUAGUACUCGCAAGCUGUAAACUUCUUAUUGACGAAAAUAAGGAUAUUCGUAUUUUAGCUUUUUGUUAACAUGUAUUUGCCAUACCUUGCAUUACAUUACAUUGGCAUUUAUGAAUCUCACGCGUUGGUGUUAAUUUCUAUAGAUCUUUAGGUAUCUAACCCUGUGUUACACUGAAGUGCAUUACUUUACAGCAUUUUCAAUUGUUCAUUUGUCGUCGAUGUUUAACAAAAUUACUGAAAUAUUUUGUUAAAUUUGUUGAUUUAUUUACUUUUCAAACGCUGACGUGCAAAA